CCCAUUUCCCCCUGUUCUCUUCUCCAAAACAUCUCUAAGAUUAUUAUUAUUACCUUCUUCGUGAUUUUACCCUCUAAUGGAGACGAUGAAGAUUGUAGAACCAGAAGAAGAAAACAUCAAACAAAUCAAAUCAGUACUUGGUGAUAUAUCAAAACCAGCAAUCCUUCGAGCUCUUAUGCUUGCAGAUAAUGAUAUAGAUGAAGCCAUUAAAAUCCUUCAAUAUAGACAAGGAGGUACAGUAACUCCAUUAGCCACCGUUAAGAAAACAGUCACAAGUACUGGUUCUAGGGUUUCUGCUGUGGUUAAACAAGAGAUUUCUGAUACCCCAGAGGAAGAAACUGAUCUCAGUAAUGAUUUGAAGAAGCCAAAGGUUGAAGAAUCUAUUUUCCAUGACAAGCAAAUUGUUUUGGUGAAGGAAGAGAGGAAGGAGUUGGAGCCAGAGAUGAAGAAUCUAGAUCUGGCUUUAAUACUACCCAAGGUCAAGGAAGAACCAGAGAUGUCAAGUAUGGACAUUGACAAGGAGUCUGUGAAGGAAGAAAAAACUGAUUUAGGGUUCAAUCAAUGUACAGAUUUGGUACCUGUAACUGCAACUGAGCAGCCUCCCAAGUAUUCCCUUACUGAUGAUUACGAUGUUAUCUGUAUUGAUUCGGAAGAUGACAACAAACCCCGUUCAUCGACUUCUGAACAGCGGCCACCGAUGACGAAACAGGCAAAGAAGCCUGUAAGUAAGACGGUGGAGAAAAAGGAAGAUAUUGAUGAUGGAGAAUUCCCAGAAGAAGAAGAUUGGUUAUUGGUUGGAAGAAGUACUGUUGCUGGGCUUUCUACAUGUAAAAAGAAGAAACUUGCUUUCAAUGAAAUUGUUUAUUUCAAUUAUCCUUCGAAUUUCAAAACCAAGAUUGUUCGAUUCUCAACUAAACGAUCAGGAGAGAUUGGAAGGCUACCUUUAGAGUGGACUAAAUGCGUGACUCCUCUUGUUAAUUCGACGAGGGUGAAGCUUUGUGGUCGAAGUGUUGUGGCUGCUCCACAAACUGAGCUUCGUCUCAUGCAAGAGAUUCAUUUAUAUGUCAGCUUCUAUAUACAUCGAUCAGUGUUCGUGGAGGGUGACAAGACUUCAUGGAAUUUAACUCCUCCAUCACAUGUGGAGUCUGUUUUUCAUCCUCUACCUACUCUAUUCCAGUUGCUGAGAAUUAAGGCAUUUAAGAAGGCUGAGUUCACCCCAGAGGAACUUGACAGUCGAAAGCGGUCCUUGAAUCUACAUACUGAAUCAGUUGCGGCACUACCACCACCAGUGCCAAUUGCGAAGAAGACAAGGGGAAGCCAAAGCCAGCCGGUGCCUGAACAAGCUAAUGAUGAGCAGACCUUCUCAGAGUCAACCUUGAAUAACCUUGUUGGUGCUGCAGAUGUCUACAACUUGGAGGAGAUGGAACCUCCUAGCACACUUAAAUGUGUUUUACACUCGUAUCAAAAGGAAGCUCUUUACUGGAUGUCCAAAUCAGAGGAGGGGAUUGAUGUUGAGAAAGCUGCAAAAACUCUCCAUCCUUGCUGGGAGGUGUACCGUAUAACUGAUAAGAGAGCUUCUGAAGUCUAUGUAAAUGUAUUCUCCGGGGAAGCUACCACUCAAUUUCCUAGUGCAACACAAUCAACUAGAGGAGGAAUUCUAGCUGAUGCAAUGGGUCUUGGAAAAACUGUUAUGACAAUUGCUCUGAUACAUACAAGACGAGGCAGGGGAACCCCUUACAGUCAAGAAAUAGUCAAGCAUGACCCUGACCAAGUAAGCAGAAGGAGUAGAAGCUCACAAGCAACAUCUUCCGCACCAAAUGUCAAGGGUGGAACUCUUAUUGUCUGUCCAAUGGCAUUGCUAGGCCAAUGGAAGGAUGAACUUGAAGCCCAUUCUCAGCCAGGGACCCUUGGGUUGUAUGUACAAUACGGUGUAGAUAGAACUACUUACCCAAAUGCAUUAGCACAACAUGAUGUGGUUUUAACAACAUAUGGUGUCUUAGCUGCAGCUUGUAAAUCUAAUGCGGGAGACAGUAUUUUUCACCAAGUAGACUGGUAUAGAGUGGUACUAGAUGAAGCUCAUACAAUCAAAUCCUCAAGGACUCAAGUGGCUCAGGCAGCAUUUUCAUUAUCCUCUUAUUGCCGGUGGUGUCUUACUGGUACACCUCUUCAGAAUAAUCUGGAGGAUCUCUACAGUCUUCUAUGCUUCUUGCAUGUUGAGCCAUGGUGUAACUGGGCAUGGUGGUAUAAAUUGAUCCAGAGGCCUUAUGAGAACGGUGAUGAAAGAGGGAUAAGGUUGGUUAAGUCUAUUCUGAGGUCUUUAAUGCUGAGGAGAACAAAGGAUACAAAAGACAGAAAAGGAAGACCCAUACUUGUACUUCCUCCGGCUGAUAUCCAAGUCAUCGAGUGUGAACAAUCAGACGCUGAGCGUGAUUUCUACAGUGCACUCUUCAAGAGGUCCAAGAUCCAGUUUGAUCAGUUUGUAGCACAAGGCAAAGUUCUUCACAAUUAUGCAUCUAUUCUUGAGCUUCUACUACGACUACGACAGUGUUGCAACCAUCCGUAUCUAGUCAUAAGCCGAGGAGAUUCACAAAAAUAUGCAGACUUGAACAAACUUGCAAUGAGAUUUCUUGGAAUGAACUCAAAUGCUGUCUAUAGGGGUCAGAUUGUUCCAAGUCCAGCUUAUGUUGAAGAGGUUGUUGAGGGUAUCCGCAAUGGUGAAAACACAGAAUGCCCAAUCUGCUUAGAGUCUGCUGAUGAUCCUGUGCUCACACCUUGUGCACAUAGAAUGUGCAGAGAGUGCCUCUUUACCAGUUGGGGGACCUCGGCAGGUGGGUCCUGCCCAAUUUGUAGGCAGAAGAUUACGAAAGAUGAACUCAUAACAUGUCCAUCUGAUAAUCCAUUCCGGGUUGAUAUCGACAACAAUUGGAGGGACUCUUGCAAAGUUUCAAAGCUCUUGGAAUGCCUGGAAAAUAUACAAAAUUCUGGUUCUGGUGAAAAGAGCAUCAUCUUCAGCCAGUGGACUUCAUUUUUUGACCUAUUGGAGAUCCCUUUGAAUAACAAUGGAAUUCAGUUCUUGAGGUUUGAUGGAAAAUUAAGCCAGAAGAAUAGGGAGAAAGUACUGAAGGAGUUUAAUGAAACAAAGAAGAAAAUGGUGCUAUUGAUGUCCCUGAAGGCUGGAGGUGUCGGUUUGAAUUUGACAGCUGCGUCUAAUGUGUUUCUAAUGGAUCCAUGGUGGAAUCCUGCUGUUGAGGAGCAAGCAAUUAUGAGAAUUCAUCGUAUUGGACAAAAGCGAACUGUUUGUGUUAGAAGAUUCAUUGUCAUGGAUACGGUGGAGGAACGUCUACAACAGGUUCAAGCGAGGAAACAGCGCAUGAUUUCAGGAGCACUUACUGAUGAAGAAGUUCGAUCUGCUAGGAUUGAAGAACUGAAGAUGUUGUUUAGAUGAUUUUAGUUCUAGUGAAGAGUUAGUUUCUUAGGCUGACAAGGUAAAUAUUUUGUGGGUAUCUGAUUCCGUAUGUAAAGUCCAGAUCUAUAUGGUUCCUAUUUUGUCCAGGGUUAUGUCUCUUUUAUCAUUUUCAUAUGGUUUUUCACCAUAGACUAAAGAAAAUGUCAAAACUCUCUUUUUGCUUUAUAAUAUCCUUGGCUCUCUUUUGUUU